AUUGGGGUUUAGCAGAAUUCUAUUACCCAGGAACCGAAUAUAAUAUGCACAUUGCGUCUAGAUAUUUUAAAGGACCAGAAUUAUUGAUUGAUUUUCAAAAAUAUGAUUAUUCUCUUGAAUAUGGCGUUUGGGUUGCAUGUUUGCCA